CAUUUAGCACUAUAGUGUCCAGAUCAACACACUGUUUGAUCUGGUCACUGAGAGAACUCCAGUUUUUUUUUUACUUUACUCACUGGAAAUAGAUUGAAGCUGGCGCUAAGGUGCCUCUGGCAACUUUUGCUCUGUCAUAGUAGAUACAGACCCACAGAUUCCUUCUAACCAAUCUGUCAAACAUAUGCAGUGAAUCUUCUUUUUUUUUAUCCAUAUCCAAAUCUACUCAGUCAUAUUCAGUUAUGUCUGCUUUGAAUUAAAGAGCCUUGAGGGUUAUUCUGUGGAGCUGUUCUGUCCUUUUUCUAGAGCUCCUGCCAAGAUUUCAAAGAAAACUGACGGAGGUGAAUCAAAACCUGAAACAUCUACAUCUUUUAUUUAAUAAAGCAGACUUUUGUAUUUAAGGAAAAAUGCCAGUUGCCAUCGGGGGGCCUCAGGGCUACCCACCACCUGAGGGUGGCUGGGGUUGGCUGGUGGUGAUUGGGGCCUUUAUCUCUAUUGGCUUCUCCUAUGCAACUGCCAAGUCUAUCACCGUCUUCUUCAAGGAAAUCGAAGUGAUCUUCAAUGCGAGCAGCAGCCAGGUGUCUUGGAUCUCCUCCAUCAUGUUAGCGGUCACAUACGGCGGAGGUCCUAUCAGCAGCAUCCUGGUGAACAAAUUUGGGAGUCGUCCUGUUAUGAUGGUUGGAGGACUCCUGUCUGGAACUGGGUUUGUUGCUGCUUCGUUCUGCAACUCAAUUGAAGCACUUUACUUUUGUGUUGGUGUAAUGGGAGGUAUGGGAUUAUCCUUUAACCUCAACCCAGCCCUCACUAUGAUAGGAAAAUACUUCUUCAAGAGACGACCAAUAGCAAACGGGAUUGCCAUGGCUGGCAGUCCUGUUUUUCUGUCUACGUUGGCUCCUCUUAACACCUGGUUCUAUGAUCAGUUUGGUUGGAGAGGAAGUUUUCUGAUCCUGGGCGGCCUGCUUCUUAAUUGCUGUGUAGCUGGUUCGCUUAUGAGGCCAAUAGGACCAAAACCCAAACCUGCAGAAAAGACAGCUGAGAGAAAGAGUGUAGUGCAGACCAUUAACAGCUUCCUGGACUUCACUUUGUUUAAGCAUCGGGGAUUUUUACUCUACAUCAUGGGCAAUGUUGUCAUGUUGUUUGGCCUAUUUACUCCACUGGUGUUUCUUUCUAAUUAUGCAAAAAGUAAAGAAAUCCCCAAAGAGAAGGCAGCAUUUCUUCUGUCUGUGUUGGCUUUUGUUGACAUGGUUGCUCGGCCCUCGAUGGGCAUUGUGGCUAACACUAAGUGGAUCAGGCCCAGGGUACAGUACUUUUUUGCUAUUUCUGUCUUAUAUAACGGUGUGUGCCAUGUUCUCGCUCCAAUUUCUGUUGACUACAAAGGCUUUGUUAUUUAUUCCAUCUUCUUUGGAUUCGCCUUUGGGUGGCUGAGCGCAGUGUUGUUUGAGACCUUGAUGGAUCUGGUUGGAGCCCAGCGCUUUUCAAGUGCUGUGGGUUUGGUUACUAUUAUGGAAUGUGCUCCUGUAUUGUUAGGGCCUCCAUUGCUUGGAAAGUUAAAAGACAUCUACCAUGAUUACAAGUACACAUACCAGGCCUGUGGGAUUGUUCUCAUCAUCUCCAGUGUCUUCCUGUUUGUAGGCAUGGGAAUUAACUAUCGACUGCUGGACAAGGAAAAAAGAGAGGAGGAGAGGAAGGUCAGGAUGGGAGUUAGACAACCAAAUCCUAGCAGCGAUAACUUUGGCAAAGAGGUUGGAGAGGUUAGGAACAGAGAGGACUCUGUCUAGUGGUCUAUUACAUGCUUGCUUGCAUUUAAUAAUGCAAUUUAAUGUUGUACCAAGAUGUGUUUAUUCAUGUGAAAUAUUAAACAUCAUGUAUCUGGUUCAUUAUAUUGUGUACUUGAACAGUACCAGUAAAAAUACAGAUC